CAGCUUCAAUAGAAUUAGUAGUCAAGUUGACUGGUCAUUCGCUGGAUUGAGACAACCCGAGCGAAGAUUGUUGGCACAUCAUCGGGAUCAGCUCUGGUCCCAGUAUCUUCUACCCGAUCGCUACGCCUCUCUCACCCGUAUGAACGACAGGAGAUUUAGCGGACUGGUGGGAGAGCUACCACUCCUCAUUGCACUUGCCGCAUUGUCGCAGCCGUGGCAGGAGUGGAGUGAUUUGAUACCCCUAACGAUUGUCAGUAGCGGUCCGCAAGGUCCAGGUUGGCAGGUACAGACUCAAAUGCCUCGUGGGCAGCAAUGGACUGAUCCACGAGGCGUUGUGGUGAGAGUGUUCAAGGACCCGGCAGAGGACCUCCAGUCUUACGAAAGAGGCAGGCAUGGCCGUAUCCUUGCAUAGAACAGGCAACUAUCGGCGCCAAGGAGCCUGCGGAAAGGUAAUGCGUCUGGCGGAUAUUGCGACUUUGGAUCACAAUGGGAAAGAUCGUAUAUAUACGUUGAGCUUGCUGCUUAGCUACCCACUAUGGGUAGGUGCGGCUGCUUUCUUCUGGGGUGCUUUCAUAUCAAUCAGCACAUGCUUGUGAGGCGUUCUACAGCACAUGAUGAUCACCAGUGAGAAACAAUGGCGGAGGGCGAGGACGGUCUCGUUGAUCAGAUUUUUUAUCUCAUUUCAGCCAUAUUUAGAUGUAAUUCAACCUGAGUAACUUCUCUACG